AUGAGUGAAUUAGACCAACUUCGGCAGGAGAGCGAGCAACUGAAAAAUCAAAUUAGGGAAGCACGCAAGGUUGCCGCAGAUACAACGCUGGCGCAGGCGGCAGCUAAUGUGGACCCUGUCGGUCGCAUCCAAAUGCGCACGCGUCGCACCCUCAGGGGCCAUCUCGCUAAAAUCUACGCGAUGCAUUGGGCCACGGAUUCGCGUAACCUAGUCUCCGCCUCACAAGACGGCAAGCUCAUUGUUUGGGACGGCUACACCACUAACAAGGUGCAUGCGAUACCCCUGAGGAGCAGCUGGGUGAUGACAUGUGCUUACGCGCCGUCAGGGAGUUACGUGGCCUGCGGCGGCUUGGACAACAUUUGCUCUAUCUACUGUCUCAAGACCCGUGAGGGCAAUGUCCGAGUCAGUCGUGAACUACCUGGACAUACGGGCUACCUUUCCUGCUGUCGCUUCCUCGACGACAACCAGAUUGUUACCAGCUCCGGAGAUGUUACUUGCGCUCUAUGGGACAUCGAAACGGGCCAACAAGUAUGCGGCUUCACUGGUCACACUGGCGAUGUUAUGAGCCUCAGCCUCUCUCCAGACAUGCGCACUUUCGUUUCGGGCGCCUGCGACGCUUCCGCUAAGUUGUGGGACAUACGAGACGGUCAGUGUAAGCAGACCUUCCCGGGUCACGAGUCAGAUAUCAAUGCAAUCACCUUCUUCCCCAGCGGCUUCGCCUUCGGCACGGGCAGUGAUGAUGCGACCUGUCGCCUCUUCGACAUUCGUGCCGACCAAGAGGUGGGUAUGUUUUCACACGACAACAUCAUCUGCGGCAUCACCAGCGUCGCCUUCAGCAAGAGCGGGCGUCUGUUGCUCGGUGGCUACGACGACUUCAAUUGCAAUGUCUGGGACACGCUCAAGCAAGAUCGGGCUGGCGUUCUCGCGGGCCACGAUAACCGUGUGAGUUGUCUGGGCGUUUCCGAGGACGGGAUGGCAGUUUGCACUGGCUCCUGGGACAGUUUUCUGCGAAUUUGGAACUAG